AUGUCUUCAUCACAGAAAAUUCUGCUCGUCCUCGGGGCCGGGAAAAAUAUUGGCCAAAGUGUGGCGAAAAAGUUCAAGGAUGCAGGUUACAAAGUAGCCCUGGUAUCUCGCUCAGCGCAUGAUAAGUACGCACCCGAGACGGGUUAUUUGGAAUUGCGUGGCGACCUCGCCAAUUCUGCUUCCAUCCCUGGGAUAUUUGAGGAUAUCAAAGCCGCAUUCGGCGGCUCGCCCAACGUCGUCGUUUACAACGCCGCAGCCUUAACCCCGCCUGACGACCCUUCCAACUUUUUCUCUAUUCCCACCAGGUCCUUCGAGUCCGAUCUCACGGUAAUGAAUACGAGCGCAUUCGUCGCGGCCCGCGAAGCUAUAGCUGGCUUUGAAACACUUGGAUCAGACACGCGCAAGUCAUUCAUUUACACUGGCACUCGUCUCGCGGCAGUCACCUCGCCUUGGCCCCUUUUUGCCACCCUCGGCACGGGCAAAAGCGCAGCUAGCUAUUGGAUAGGCUCAGCGUCGGAAUUCUUCAAUAAAAAGGAGUAUAAAUUUUACUACGCGGAUGAGCGUACUAGCGACGGUCACGGUGUCAGCCUAGAGGCGCUCUCUGGUGAAGAAGCAGCUAAAUUCUAUCUCGAUUUGGCCGAGGGCAAGCAGAAUCCGCCAUGGUAUGCAACAUUUGUUCGCGGAAAGGGAUACGUUUACUUCCCCGAGUCCAGUCGCAUUUAG